CCUCACUGUCCUGCCCGCACCGUCCUGCCCACCCUGCCAUGCGGCUCCCCACCCUGCUGCUCCGCUCGGCUGGGCCCACCUGGGCCGUGCACCCAGGGUCUCCGCAAACCUCCCCUCACCUCACAGCCCCUGACCCGGGCAGCCGGAGCUCCAGGGAGCGCCUGGGCCGAGGCCCACGGCCCCCGCCGAGCCCUGGCCACUGAUGGCGGCUGCUGGCCCAUGCCAGCAGUGGCUGCGGAUCUCAUCAUGAUAGAGGCUGCCCCGGGGGACCCCGCGGGGGCCGGGGCUGGCUCUGCUGUGCAGGCAGAACCCGUCCGGCAGCAGCAUGGCCAGGACAGCGCUGCCCCUCUGCCUGCUCCUCGCUGCUGCCCUGCAAGGCGGCCUGACCCAGGGGCCCGGCGUCCGCCCUGGCCCCCUGCUCCUGCGGCUGCGGCGGCUGGAGGAGCAGUUUCAGCGGCUCCAGGAGGUGACACUGAGCCAUCUCCAGAGCAUCGCCAACAACUACAACAUUUCCUACAACAUCGACGAACGCUUCAGGGCACUUGCAGAGCAGGCAGAGGCGGCCACCACUGCCCGGGCUGCCCUGGGGGCAGAGCUGGCCCGUCUGGCCACUGCCGGCCGGCGGCUGCACCGCAGGCUGAAGUGGCUGGAGCGAACAGUGGGUGCCCUGAGCCCACCGCACCACCUGCUCACACACCCGCUGGGUGCACCUGUGGAGGCUGGCACCAAGACACACAGCCUGCUGGAUGCUGCCUGGAGCUGGGGCGGCCAGCGGGAGCCACAUGGCCGAGUGGCCACGAGCACCCCCAGCCCUCGGUGCCCGAAGGUGAAGAAGUGCCAGCAACACCGGCAGCAGGAAGGGCACUGGCGGCCGGCUGAUGCUGGGCAUGGUGGAGCGACCAGGGAGGAUACAGAGCCCACCCACAACGCAGCACUCGGAGCCCAAACAGUGGCACUGGUGCUCCCCACUGUGACCAUGGUCCCCCAGGAGCAGCCGCCAGCCCCCCAGCAGCCAGGAGAGGGUAGGUACAAGCUCCUCACCCCAGCACCCACCCCCGCAGCCUGUCACACCGGUGUUGUCCUGCUCUUCCCCAACACCUCUGCCGAGCAUGUGGCCAUCGUGGGGCUGGGGCCGCGCCGGGGGCUGCGGGCACUGUCGCUCUGUGCCUGGGUGGCCACCCCAGCCCCCUGCCUCGGUGCUCUCCUCUCCUACACCACUGAGGACAGCGGCAGCGAGCUGGCUGUGCGUGGCUGUGACAGGGACCUCCCCGGCUCCACACAGUUUGUCAUCGGGGACGGGCAGCUUCGGGAGCUACCGGUGACACCACUCCUGGAUGGUGAAUGGCACCACCUCUGCCUCACCUGGUCCUCUGGCCAGGGCCAGUACCGCUUCUAUCUGGACAGACGGCUGCUGGCUGCUGGCUCCGGCUUCCGGCAGGGGUAUGAGGUUCCUGCUGGUGGCUCACUGGUGCUGGGGGGGCAGCAGGACCACCCCGGCAGGGACUUCAGCACCGCGGCAGCUUUUAUGGGUCACCUGGCUGGCUUUGCGCUCUGGAGCCGGGCUCUCCUGCCCGGAGAGGUGGCCAGCAUGGCAACCGGCCGGGGGCUGCCCCGCGGCCCCCUCCUCACCCUGGCCGAUGCCUCCCUGCGGGGCGGCGUGCGGAGGGUGGUGUGCCCCUGCCUCCAGCACUGCCUGUGAUAAGCCCGGCAGCAGGAACGGUGCCGGCUCCCAGCAGUAUCACAGCUGGCUCACGCUGCUGAUGCCAGCAUGGGCUGCGUACUCCCAAGGUACUGGGACACGCUGUAGAGAGCAUCUCAGGACUGGGACCACCAGAGGUGGGGACAAGGAAAAGGUAGUGGUGAGAUGCAGUCCUGGUGCUGGAAAGUCGUCAGCUCCUGCCCACAGAGGAUGUACCACCCCAUCAUUUCUAUUAAAAUGCUCUGAGCAGGGAAGAAACCUCACUGAUUUCUGGUCUUGCUCUUCACUGUAACGUUUGGUGCCACUUAUGGCUGGACAGGAGCUGCUUCAUGCAGGCAGCUGGAUCACCAGGCUAGGUCACACAGGGGUGACCCCUGCUCAUCCCCUGCCUCCAC